AUGGUACAAGAGAACAGUCUGAGCUCUGAAUGUUUACAGGGAACAGAAGAUGAUGAGCAUUUGGACCCAGUGAAGGAGAAAAUCGAGCUGAAUAAAAUGGCGAAUAAUUGUGAAAAGGAGCGAGUGAGUAGUGAAAGCAUGAGUGAUUGUACCAUUGGGAGCAGCUCAAGAAUAGAAUCGAGAACUUCUCAAUUGGAAACCCUAACCUCCGUACAGCUCUCCGAGGCUGCUUUAGCUGAUUUUGAUGAAUCCUCUCACCUUUUGUCAGAGGUUCCGGUGGAGUACUCUCUGCAACCAAUACAAUCAGCUGAACAGUUGAAGGAACAAGCAAAAGCAGCGUACGGCCAAUCUCUCAAAAGUGUUACUGGCACAUUUUCAGAGGUUCGGACACCUGUAUCUAAUGCUACCUCCAAGCUGGAAGUGUCACCUGCAUCUGCUACAAAGUCUGUUUGCUCCAUUCCAAAUUUGCUUCCAGUAAAGAAUGGGAACAAUACAUGCAUAACAGAACAGGACAAGCAGAAUUUUCCGGGGUCCAAGCCUUCAUCUAAAAGGGCUGUCCAAAAAACUUCUGAUGGGUACAAUUGGCGCAAGUACGGUCAGAAGCCAGUGAAGAGUCCGGAAGGUUCUCGGAGCUAUUACAGAUGCACGUUCUUCGACUGUUAUGCCAAGAAGAUCGAGUUUUGUGAUUCUUCUCACCGUCUCAUAGAGACAGUUUACAGAAGCCACCACAAUCAUGAUCCUCUUCCGAAACUAAACUGCACAAAUGAAAGUGUACCCGCGUUACCAGUUGGUCCAGUUAGUGGGGAUGAUGAUUCAUUUCGUCCAAUGAUAUGUUCCAAUGGUCAAGUGAAAGAUAAUAAGCUGAAACAAUCUAUUCCAGGAACUAAUGAGAUGCCUGAGACACAAAAGCAUGAGUCGAGCGAUUCUGAUGAGACUACAGAAGCCAACAUGGAGGAGUAUAUUGAUGGAGCAGAAUGUAGGAAAAGGCAAGAGAGAAAUUCUGCUGGUGAUAUUGACUCUCCGUCUAAAUCCGGAAAGAAACCCAAAUAUGUUGUUCAUGCAGCUGGUGACAUGGGAAUAUCAGGAGAUGGUUACAGAUGGCGCAAGUAUGGACAGAAGAUGGUGAAGGGUAAUCCUCAUCCAAGGAACUACUUCAGAUGCACUUCAGGUGGUUGCCCUGUUCGGAAGCACAUCGAGCGAGCCGUUGAUAACAUGAAUGAUGUAGUAAUAACGUACAAGGGAGUACACGAUCAUAGCACACCACUUCCAAGAAAACAUGACGUCCCAAAGAGUAAUGUGGUUGCAGAUUCUCGUCUUACCCAGUGGUCCAUGGACAAAGGAGGUGUAUUGAGGGGUGAGGAUCCGAAGGUGGUCGGAGAUAAAGAAUCAGAAUCGGCAGGAACACUUGAGAUCAAGCCUUGCUGA